GAAUUUGUGCAAGAUUGCAGUUUUUUAGGCUUAAAUUAAGUGGAUUAAAACCUUUUGCCAAAUUUUUCGGUGCAUCUUCAGCUCUCUGAAUUAGGGUUUCUCUUUUGGUGCUGGCGUUUUUGUUAAAUAAUUUUGAUCAAAACAUGGCCGCAAGUGGUCACUGUUUUAUGGAGUGGAACGAGCAAUAUGUUUCAAAGGAGCGUGGCAACCGUGUGGUUCACUAUUUCUUAAAGGAUAUGUCGGGGGAAUCCAUUCUUGCCGUUGUGGGCACUGAGAGAAGUGUUAGGCACAUGUUCUAUGUUGUUUCUGAUGAGUUCUUGAAUGUUCAUGGGGGUGAGAAUUCGGUCCAUGCUGGCUUCAGAUGGAGGUCACGGAGAGAGGUUGUCAACUGGCUCACAUCUAUGCUAUCAAAGCAGCACGGGCAAGGUGGUUUUGCUGAAUCGGCAAAAGAUGAUCCUGUGUCUGGAGUCGGUGCUCAACAAACCUACAUGCGAGAUUAUAAGGGUCAUCUCGCAAGGAAUUUGAAAGGACACACUUCGGACAUUGUCUGGUCAGGUGUAGCAUGGUCUUGCGGCAAACAACUCAAGCACUACCCAGCAUUUUGCAGGAAUGGGAUUACAAUAGUGAUACAAUCAUUUGUCUUUGUCAUGGCUGAAAAAGAGAACCGCUACCUUGCGUAUCUGGAAGACAUGUAUGAAGAUAGGAAGGGCCAAAAAAAGGUCAAAGUGAGGUGGUUUCACCAUAAUCGAGAAGUCAAGGGAGUUAUUACACUUCGGAAUACUCACCCCAAAGAAGUUUUCAUUACACCCUAUGCACAGGUCAUCAGUGCAGAGUGUGUUGAUGGUCCUGCUAUAGUUCUGACUCGUGAACAUUAUGAGAAAUGUGUGGCUGUUUUCCCACAUGAUUUGUUAACCAGAAUUCAUUUUUGCUUUAGACAAUUUAAAAGCAACCGAGUGAAGCCUUUCAAGUUGAGUAAGUUGGGUGGCUAUCUUGAUCAACCAAUUUUCUCGUGUUUUGGCCCUGAUUUCUUUGAAGAUGAAGAGUUUAGCCCUGGAGAGGAUGCAAGGCUGGGUGCUAAAAGGAAGCGUCAGAUGAUGCCGUAUGAACCAUCCCACCAGAAUUUAAAGUUUAAUUUCCUGAAUUCAAGGUUGAUCUCCCACAAGCCUGUUGAACACCGGCAUUGGAAUUCGUCACUUUUCAAGGUUAAUGACAAGGUAGAACUGCUGUGCCAAGAUAGUGGCAUCCGAGGCUGCUGGUUCAGGUGUACAGUCUUGCAGGUUUUGCGGAGACAGAUAAAAGUCCAGUAUAAUGAUGUGAAGGAUGAAGAUGGAUGUGGUAAUCUUGAGGAAUGGAUUCCAGCUUUCAGACUGGCCAUGCCUGAUAAACUUGGAAUGAGAUACUCAGGUCGCCCAACAAUCAGGCCUGCCUCUGCUCAUGAUCAACUCGACCUUGCUUUUGAUGUUGGAGCUGCAGUGGAUGCAUGGUGGAGUGAUGGCUGGUGGGAAGGGGUAUUGACUGGCUUUGGUCACUCCAGUGAUGAAAUUCAUCAAGUGUAUAUUCCAAGUGAAAAUUUAUUUUUGAAUGUAGACAGAAAAAACCUUAGAAUUUCAAGAGAUUGGGUGGGAGAUCAGUGGGUGGAUAUUGAGCCGAAUCCGAAUGUUCUGUCAACCAUAUCUGAAGAUGUCAGCCCAGAUACUAAGCUUUCUGUAACUUCGACUAUUAAGGAGGCCAAAUCUGAUAGUUUUCCUAUGUCAUCUAAUGAGGUUCCCACCAAUAUCAAACUCGGUGGUGCUGAAGAGGACACACCUAAAUUAGAUGGCUUGACAUCAUCUGAUGGCCUUUUGAAGUACAUGGACCAGGACAAUUAUGAGCAGCAACAAUUGAUUAAGGACAUGGACAAGGAAGAUGAUGGUCAUCAUCCUGAUGACAUAAAUGAGAAGGGCAAUACUGAUCAUCACCUUGGUGAUGAUGAUGUGGAUGAUUUAGAUAAUAAUGGAAUUAACAAAGAUGAUGGUGAUGAUAAUGAUGAAGUUGACAAUGGGGACAACUUAGAGGUGCCUGAAACUGCUGGGCCGAUAUGUGAAGCAGAACUCAUGGAAGUGGGGGCAUAA